GUAAUUUGGCGCUGAAGAGGGGCAUUCGCCAUUUUGUCUACUUCUUCUCAGUGUCUUUCUUUUCAGAGAGCAUUCAUUCAUUCAUUCGCUGUAACCAAAGUGUGUGGUGCUUGCUCCAAUCCAACCAUUUUCUUGGACCAAUUCGAUUCCCGGCAACAAAACAAAAAAGAACAAGUUCCGAUUACUGGGAAAUUAAAGAAUGAAAGCUCACAGAUUGCAGAUGCCUUUUUUGUAGCUUUUUGCAGACAUGGAGUCUUUCUUCUUCCUUAAUAUGACCACUCUUAUGAAGACGCACCUUUCCUUGUGGGGUGUGUUCCAUCUUGGUAUAGUCCUAUAUACCCUUCUUAUUGUUGCCAAUUGUGAACCUUGUCUGGUAGCUGGAAAUGAAGCUGAUUAUGACGUAAGGUCUGAAUUGACCCAAGAAGUUUCUGUUCCUCUUCUGAGUAUUUCCAGUGCAUGCCCAAAUCCGAACUUGUUAUGCUUUCCUUCAACAUUGAGUGGACUUUUAUCUAAAAAAGACAGUUCUGCCCGUGUACCAUCUGAAACUCGAAAGUCAGAUUCUGGUGUUUUUAGGAUAGUGAAUGGAAGAAGAAGUAUAUCUUGCUCGUUGAAUUAUGAUAAUUUUAAGAGGAAACUAGUUGAUGACACUAUUGGAUUGAAGAUCACAGAUAGUUUUUUACCCUACAUAGAAGUUAGACCUCAUGUUCUUGACUGGGGAGAGAAUUAUUUAUUCUUUCCUUCAAUAGCAUCUCUUAUGCUAAGGAACACACACAGACAAAAAACAUUGGUUGUCUUUGAGCCAUAUAGUACCAAUCCUCAGUUCUAUAAAUGUAAUAAUGUUUCUAGUGAGGUGGUGUUGGCUCCCGGAGAGACGUCUUUGGUUUGCUUUGUGUUUAUUCCUACUUCUUUAGGCCUAUCCUCAGCGCACCUUGUUUUGCAGACAAAUUUUGGCGGUUUCAUGGUUAAAGCUCAAGGAUUUGCUGUCAAUUCACCAUAUGGGAUUCCACCCGUUAUUCUUAGUGGAAAGGGGAGUAAGAAAUUCACACUUUUUAACCCUUUUAAUGAAGCCCUUUAUGUGGAGGAGGUUAUUUCUUGGGUUUCUUUAGGAAAUACUUCCCAUUUGACAAAAACAGUUUGUAGCGUUAUUAAUAGCAAUGUAGAAGGUUGCUCAUUGUCUCUGGAGGAGUGGCUGAAUGAUACAAAUGGAGAAGUUUCGUUGAGGCCACGAGGAGAUUGGGUUGUGGGUCCAGGGAAAAGUGAACCUAUCAUGGAAUUUGAUUUUUCAUUGGAUUUUAAAGGGAUGUUUUUUGGUGCUUUUUCCAUGAACUUACUGAGAUCACCACAGAAAAAAAUAGAUGCAGUUGUUAUACCUCUAGAAAUGGAGAUUACCAAGAACUCCGGAUUUGUUUCAUUGUCUAUUUCUGCUUUCAUGCCUUGUAGUUAUAGUGGGACCACAGUUCUUUCUCUCUUUGUGCACAAUGAUUCUCCUCAUGUAUUGAGAGUUGUCAAAAUUAUUGAAGAAGGAGAUAAUGGUCAACAGUUUCAGAUUAAAUACAUUGAAGGGUUAAUUCUUUUCCCCCACACUGUUACCCAAGCAGCAUUGGUUAGCUACAGCCUCCUUGCAUCUAAAUCUCCUGAGGUACAUGUGGGUUGCAAGAUUGUUGUAUACACAAAUGACUCCAGUGAUUCAUGGGCGGGGAUUCCUUGUACUGAUGUAUUCGGUAUUUGUGCAUUAGAGGAUCUACAAUUUUCUGUUCCACCUGGUCAAGUCUGUGAUGAAGAGGGUGAAACUGUAAAUGUCAACGCAAGUUCUUUAGGCUAUAACAAUUUACAGGAAGUGAAGGAACUGAUUGUAGCAGACGCUGAAGAAGCAAUACUGAUGAACUGGAAAUCUCAAGCAACUGCAAGUGAUAUGUCUGUCCUUGAAAAAUCUGAGGUGAUCUUCCCUGUUAUUGAGGUUGGACAUUUCUGUUCUGACUGGAUCACUGUUAAAAACCCGAGUCAGAAACCCGUUCUUAUGCAGUUGAUCUUAAAUUCUGCAGAAAUUAUUGAUCAAUGUGGGGCCCCAGAAAUGCAUCUGCAGGGGGCUUCUCAAUCACAUUCUUUAAUGGGUACAAACAAUUCUAUUACUCCAACAAGAUAUGGGUUCUCCUUAGACAAAAAUGCAGUGAGUGAGGCUCUUGUCCAUCCUCUCGGGGUAGCAUCUUUAGGUCCUGUUUGGUUUCGACCCGGAUCUCAAUGCAGUUGGAAAACUUCAAUUCUAAUACGAAACAACCUUUCUGGUUUAGAAUGGGUUUCUGUUAGUGGGAUUGGAGGGUCACUCCUUAUGGUUUUGGUUCAAGAAGAUUCUGAACCUAUUCAAAAUCUUGAAUUCAAGAUGAGCUCCCCAAGCUCUUUCAAUUCAUCUUUUCCAAGCACACUUGAGGGGGAUGGAAAAUCUUCUACAGGAUGCUCUCAAGUAUUGACAAGAGAGGUUUAUGCGAAGAAUAUAGGCAAUCUUCCCUUGAAGGUCAUAAAAAUUGGGAUUUCCGGGACAGAGUGUCAGUUGGAUGGCUUUUCUGUAAAUUCAUGCAAAGGGUUUUCUCUAUCGCCGGGGGAAACAAAAAAGAUAGUGAUAUCUUAUCAGUCCGAUUUUUCGCUAGCCACAAUACAAAGAGAUCUUGAGCUGUCUUUGAGUAAUGGCAUUCUUGUAAUACCAAUGAAAGCCGCUCUUCCAUUAUACAUCAUUACCUUAUGCAAACGGACAUUUUCGGAAAGAUUUAGGAUGUCUCUUCUUCCAAUAUUCCUGGUUUCCUCUCUUUUGUUUCUCGUUAGAACUUUCCUAAUUAGGAAACCCCAAGAUUUCUAUAUUCCAAAGAGUGGGAAAGGCUAUUCAAGAAGCAGUAAAGCAGCAAAGUGUCCUACCGUAGGACAGGAGAAAGAAACUGUUGUGUGGGAGCCCCAAAAGAAGAUUGUCGAUAAUGAGAGCUUAGAUACACGAGAACCGCCACAGGUUGGGCACAAUAAUCUCACGGUCAAAGUUGGAAACGAGAAAGGGAGAAGGAAGAGAAAGAAGAAAGGUUCUUCCAGUGGUGGAGGACUGAAUGCUCUUCUCGAUAUCUCCAAUAGUGGGAAUUCUACACCAUCAUCUUCAUCCCCUGGGCCCCAGUCUCCGGUUUGCAACCGUAUACUGUCCGAACCCAUACAUAAUGCAGAAGAGCUUCACGAGAAGGAGGCAUCCUUGAAGUUGAGAAAUAACAAGCCUGCCAUUACUGCUACAACCAUUACUACUCAAAAGAAAAAGCCCAAGGAUAACACUCCGGUUACAGUUCCUCCAAAUGGCGGCAUGCCUGUCUCGUAUGCUGAAUCUCUUGUGGUUUCGCCACCUUCGAGGGCCCCGGGGUCGGGACUUCGUGCUAGAGAAGGGGUCAAAAGUGGGGAAACAAAGGGGUGGGGUGAAAGGUUUAUUGUGUAUGAUAUAUGGGGUGAUCACCUGUUUGGUGGACAUCCUGUGACAAAGGAUGUUGUGCCAAUGACAGCCCCAGUUGUAGAAAACAACUCCUCUGAUAGCUUCUUUGUAAUGGGUCCCCAAAUCCUAAUGACCAACAAUUCCAAACAGAAAGUUGUAACAGAUCAUGAUGGUUGAUAUAAUAAGUUGUUUUAAGACUUGACUUCAUCAUAUCCACUAAUUC